AACUACAUCCGUAGCCAGCAGUAAACACAGCUGGAGCCUCACCAUCAUCACCACCAUCAUCAACAUCCGUUACAGUGGAUCCACAGGCCCGAUCAUUUCAAGCGGAAGCAGCAGGAGCAGGAAAAGGGAGCAGGCCGGGACUGUGAGUCCUAAAGCGGAGUUCUCAUCCAUCGCUGCUGCACAGGCCUCUUGCCUCAGAUCUGGGUCAUACUUCAGUGUCAUCAUGGGCUCCUCCACCACAUCCACUGCUCUGCUGUGUCUGUUGGCUGGGGCUGUGACUGCAAUUCAAAUGCCACAGACAGUUUUUUUGGACAAGGAGCAGGCAAACACAGUGAUCUCCCUUCAGAAGAGGAGUGUCGCUGCUCAGGCUUCAAACAUGGAGCAGGCCUGCAUGGAGAAGGUUUGCACUUAUGAGGAAGCCAGAAGAUUCUUUCAAGACACGUAUAGUACGGAUAUUUUCUGGUCAGUCUAUGUUGAUGGAGACCAGUGUGCAGAGAAGCCGUGCAAAAACGGAGCCCUCUGCUCGGACAGCGUGGGAGGCUACGACUGCGUCUGCAAGACGGGUUUCACAGGGGUGCACUGUGAAAGUGACCAAACGUUGUGCACCCUGGAAAAGAACAAGGGCUGCUCUCAGUUCUGUAAACCAGGCUACACAUCCUACGAGUGUUCCUGUGCACAUGGAUGGAAACUCAGCAGAACAGACAAGAACAAGUGCGAGUCUGCAGUCAAUUAUCCUUGUGGCAAAGUAAACAGUGUGAGUCGCUGGGAGGAGAGAAUGUCCAGCAACGCUCGCAACAACUUUGAGGGACUGGCCUGUACAACCACAGAGUGUCCCUGGCAGGCUCUCCUGAAGAGUUCCGAGUCAGAAGGGUUCUGCAGUGGUGUCAUUUUGAAGGAGAACCUAGUCCUGACUUCAGCUAAGUGUGCAAAAAAGUACAUCAACUUCCAAGUGGCUGUGGGCAAACGCACCACUCGCUAUGAGGAAGGGGAGCAGACUGUUUAUGUCAAACUGAUCCACGUCCACCCACGCUACGUUGAAGGCCGUCCUGAAAAUGACCUAGCUGUGCUUGAGCUCCGCGAUCGCAUCGUCUUUAAGAAAAACAUCUUUCCCGCCUGUCUGCCAGAGAGAGACUUCGCGGAGAGCAUCCUGAUGGCCGGAGACCUGCCUGCCGUGAUCACCGGGUGGAGGGAGAGCAAAGAAGACCCCGCUCUCACUGGCGCACUCACCCUUAACCAGCUGGUGUACAACAAACUGCCCAAGUGUCUGGCGACUCACCCUGACCUGCUGACCAAUAAAAUGGGUUGCACCCUUCCACGAGCCAACGCCGACUGCAGCAUGAGCUCCGGCAGCCCCCUGCUCACCCUGCACAGGGGGGUGUUCUUCCUGACUGGUGUGGUGAGCCAGCCGCUAGACUCCGACUGUAGCAAAGGCUUCAUCUUCCAGAAGGUGUCUCGAUACCAGGCCUGGCUGCAGUCAUUCAUGAGCUCCCGUUAAUGUGGAGCAGUCAGGGAGAGCAUGUAAGUGUAAAAUUUAGUUUAAACUGAAUUAAGGAGAUCAUUGUGUCUCUGCAAUUCCUCAAUAGUGUAACUAUUUAUCUGUUUUAUUGUCUGGUGAUAAUAUCCACCCAUCUGUUUGACUAAUGGCAAAGCACAUUUACCAGAGGAAAAAAAAAAGUAUACGUAGUAAAGACAGUGUAGUAGUUUAAAUUAAGUGCUUUUACUUGUAUAUUAUUCUAACACACUGGAGUAUAUGCAGGAAAACACUGAGAGGUUCUGGUUAUUUGGGUAAUAUAAACAACUUGAAGUUGCUUCAUUAAUUGUCUUUAAUUAAUUUUAAAAAAACAACAACUACCAUUUACGUAGUAUAAAGUCAAGCAAUAGGUCUACACAAAACUUUAGCUUAUUGCUAAUGAUGUGAGCGAUCAAGCGUGGGUGGCGUUUUAAGGCAAAAAUACCCAAAAACGAUUCCAACCUUUCAGACUUAGCUUGAUUCAAAGUUUCAGUGUUUUAGUUUCACUACAAACUAUGAAAUGCUAGUCAGAAUUAACAAAAAGAGCCGGACCUUAGCCAUUGGUCACGUGUUAAGUGUAUAAACAUAUUCUCAUUCUAAUCAAUUGCUUUCAUUGCUGGUAUGGAGUUCAUCAUAUAUCCACUAGGUGGCUCCCUUUUCACACAACAGGUAGUUGAACACAAACUGCAGCAGGAAGACACGGACGAUGGGUGAUGAGAAAUACUUCACAUUAACUAUUAAAGUGAUGGUAAAUGACCGUUUUAGUGACUAUUGUAACGGCUGCUCCAUGUAACAGUCAUUAUUACUGUUUGUAAUAAUGUAAUAAAACACAACGACGUACCUUACAAAA